AUGGCUACAACAACAACACCAAUCGAGAUAUACGGUAAACAAUUUACAUUGUGCGAAUUUGUGUUCGCGACGAAUGAGAAUCAAAAUAAAAAAUUAGUUUGGUUUGAAAAGAUCAAUAAAAAAUGUUGUCUGUCCAGCGUGGCACCGACAAGCGGUGUACAGCAUCUAUAUAAAAUGAAGAUGCCUCUGAGUCGUGAUGAGAUUGUCGAAUUUGCCGAACAUUUUGCAAAUGUGAAAAAAGGAACUGAAGUUAAUCAGUUACUCAGCGAAGGUGAAGAUUAUUUGGGUCAACCUACGAGACUCGUGCUAGCAACCAGUAAAUAUAAAGGUUUGGUUUUAUCGCGAUAUCUGGCCGACAAACCCACGAUUACAGUUGUCACACACAUUCCCGAUGGUGAUGAGGACCCCGACGCACCCGUCGAACCAAACGGUAACACGUCAGUUCCAGAAUUACUAUGGCGUGAACAAUUCGCCAAAUUCUACGUGGGCAAAAAUGAUGAUUGGGGUAAGAUGAGCAAGAUCCUACAUGUAUUUGUGGAUGCCGUGUAUGUCGAAAUGGGUGAAAACAAAACCGAAGGCACGCCACCCCCCGCACCACCCCACCCCCACCAGCUAAAGAAUUAAAGAAACCUACAGCCAAAAAGAAACCUGCAACCAAGAAAAGAAAAGUUGAACUGGAUAGUGACGAUGAGGUAAAAACAACAGUAACUUCUAUGUUAUAUUUAAUGUCAAAAUAUGAUGCGCCAUAUGAGGUUGUGAUUAAGGGUCAUCAAGAUGAAUUGCAACCCAAUUUAAACUAUGACAUAUUGAGAUCAUAUUCGGGUAUUCUUUUUUGUACAGCAUGUAAACUUUCACAAAUGAGUAAAAAGUAUGAUGUCGUUCCAGACGAUAUGUUUUUGCGUUGUCUCACAAAAGUAAUUAAUAAAAUUUUAAAAUAAAAUUUUUUAUUUUUUAGACAAAACGUGCAAUGUCGGUCAUUAUUGCUAUAAUGAGGCAGCAUGAUAUAACGGCAAAAGAAGCAGUAUUUCAAUACCGCAAAGAAAUGGAAAAAGAAUACCCGUUCGACUAUCUUGAUCUAAUAAGAAAUGACGAUGAUUUAGAGUUAGAUCGACUAUAUAAAGAAAUGUUAGAUAAAGGGUUACUUUAA